UUACCGAUAACUUGUUAACAGCUCCUAACUAAUCCCAGGAUGUUGGCUUUGUCGCCUUCUCUGCUCGCACCCAUUGAGUGGGCCUUGGAGGAACCCACGAGUCAUAAUGAUCAGAACUUGUUUUACAAAGACGGAUCAGCUACUCUUCAGUUCAGUUGCUCGCCACCAGAUCAUCAGGUUCAGGCUGAGGCUGAGGAGGUUCAGAGAUCUACGCCAGUAUCGCUUGCCGUAAGCGGAGACCCUACCAUGGUCAAAAAGCUUAACCACAAUGCUACUGAACGCGAUCGUCGCAAGAAGAUCAACAGCUUGUAUUCCUCGCUUUGUUCAAUGCUUCCUUUGACUGAUCAACCGAAAAAGUUAAGCAUUCCGGCAACAAUUUCACGAGUCCUAAAGUACAUACCGGAGCUACAGCGGCAAGUGGAAGGGCUUGUCAAGAAAAAGGAGGAGCUGUUGUUGAGAAUCUCUCCGGUAGGAGACGCGGCAUGCCAAGAAUCUCGUAGGAAAAUGGCUCAUCGCUGCGCUGCAACUUCUUGUGUAGUUUCAACGAGAAGGCUCAAUGAUAAUGAAGCUGUUAUUCAGAUUUCCUCUGACAAGCUCCACAGAACUCCUUUCUCUGAGAUAUUGCUGUGUUUAGAAAAGGAAGGGCUUUUACCGCUAAAUGCUUCGACCAUUGCGACCUCUGGACAAAGGAUCUUCUAUAACUUGCACUUGCAGAUGGAUGAAACUUGUAGAAUAGAGCUAGAAAUUCUAAGCGAGAACCUUUUGUCAAUAUAUGAGAAGGAAGGGAAUUUUCAAUGUUUCUCAAUCUCAUGAUAACCUCAUGGCUUGGGAGCCCCCAUAUGUAAUGAGAUCUGAUGCUGCCUUAAAAUCUCUGUACAUGUUGUGGAAGCAUUUUUGCAAAGAAAGCAAAUGGGAGAUGUCUUAAAAUGUGGACUUCAUGUUAAUUGGAUUCAAAAUAAUGAGAUAAUAUGAACAGAACAUUUUCUGAAGGUUGCGAUUUGUUUAGCAUAUAUAAUAACUUGAUCAGUGUACGUAGGUAUCCAACUUAUGAUUACAAGAACAGUGGGAUCAAAUAGAACUCCCAAAUGCAUAGGUUUAAUUUUAGGAAUGAAUAGUACAUAAGCUGGCCUGGUCUGGCCGUUUGCUAAUUAUAACAAUAUGUCCGGACCUUGUUAAUGUUA